AUGUCAAAUUUCAAUUCAACCGACUUCACCAACCCCUCCAACUUCAUCCUGGUGGGCAUCCCUGGCCUGGAGGCCUCCCAUGUCUGGAUCUCCAUCCCCUUCUGUGCCAUGUACACCAUAGCCCUCUUGGGGAACGUCGCCAUCCUCUUCAUUGUGAAGAGGGAGCCGAGCCUCCAUGAGCCCAUGUACUAUUUCCUCUGCAUGCUGGCUGUCACCGACCUGGUCCUGACCACCUCCAUCCUGCCCAAAGCUCUGAGCAUCUUCUGGUUCAAUUCCAGGGAGAUCGAUUUCAGUGCCUGCCUCACCCAGAUGUUCUUCAUUCACAGCUUUUCAGUGACAGAAUCUGGGAUGUUUGUGGCCAUGGCUUUGGAUCGCUACGUGGCCAUCUGCCAUCCCCUGAGACAUUCCACCAUCCUGACAAACCCCGUGGUGGGCAAGACAGGUCUGGCUGUGGCCCUGCGCAGCAGCGUGUUCACACUUCCCAAUCUUUUAAUGACCAGGCAGUGGCCAUAUUGCAGAACCAACCUCAUCCCCCACACCUACUGUGAGCACAUGGCCGUGGCGAAGCUGGCCUGCGCCGACAUCCGCAUGAGUUCUUACUACGGCCUCUUUUUGUUAUUCUUUGUGACCGGUCUGGAUUUGAUUUUUAUCUCCAUUUCCUACAUCCAGAUCCUCAGGGCCAUCGUCAGCCUCCCCACCAAGGACGCCCGGCUCAAAACUUUUGGCACCUGUGGCUCCCAUCUUUGCUCCAUCUUAGCAUUUUAUGUCCCAGCUCUGUUCUCCUUAAUCAUGCACCGAGUUGGCCACAGUGUGGCCCUGCAUUUCCACGUUCUCCUUUCCAAUGUGUACCUCCUGGUGCCCCCUAUGGUUAAUCCCAUCAUCUAUGGGGUGAGGACCAGACAGAUACGGGACAGGCUUCUCCAUCUCUUGCCUCACAAAAGAACAUAA